GGGGACACCGCCAGCAGCUCAGGGACCACUCGUACAGGCAAGUUGGGGGGGCUCCUUCUGUCUUUCCAUCUGUCCAUCCAUCUGGAGCCUUCGGGGUGCCUUGGGGGGGUGUCUUACCUGGACUUGGGGGCCUCAUGGUCCUGGGACUCCCCACUGCUCCUGCACCACUGAGCCACUCCGUCGGGGGAGGAAGGUGAGGUUUAUCUGCCAGGGGGACUGUAGAGAAUGUCGUGGUGGUGGCACAGGUCAUAACUAUAGACAGAACCAAAAGUAUCUGAAUGAGCACCUCGUGACAUAAAAAGUGAGACAGUCGCAGUGUCAGUAUUUCAUUUGCUGUAGCUCCAUGCUGAUUUUUAAAUGCGGUACAUUUCUGCUACAACCUUUCAUGGAAGAUCCAAUAUAAACUACAGGUGUCCUGAGCUUUUAAACUUUUAGCACAACUCCCUGGAAAAGGAAAACCUGGAGCAGGAUGUAUUGUACUGAACAUGUUUCCAGAACCCUGGGUACAGACCAGACCCGCCCUUUGCCAGCUCUGUGGCACGCCAGCACCCCUGCACAUCACCCAGAAGUCCAACGAGGUUGCAGCAUCAUCUUGGGGGCUUUUUUAUUUGCAUAACAACACAAAGUUCUUAAGACUUAUAGGGUAUCACAACCAUCACAGUUUGCCAGAAGCUGCAAUGAAACCUCUCACUGAAAGCAAGCAGGCUUGCAAAUUUUAUGUUCUCAACAUGAGGUAUUAUUACAUUAUGAUUUGGUUUUUGUAGGUAUCUCAAGAAAUAAGGCCUGUGAUUUCUUUGUAAUUACCAGAGUAGCAACAGAGAUAGGAAAAUGUCCCUAUAUAUAUUUUUUGGAGCAAUAUAUAUUCUCCCCUUUGAAAUGUUGACAUUACGGAACUAUGAAUCAGAAUUGGAAAUGGAAAAGCUUAGUAUAAAAAGGUCAGCUUUUUAUAAAAAUGCCAAUUCUGAUGAAACCUCAUGUUUUUAAUUUUCAGGGAAAAAUUCUAUCAAAAAUAUCCAAAAACACCAUGUUGUCCCUACUGCAGUGCAGUCUUUAAUCCAUGUAUUGUACAUAGUUUGUUAAUGUGAACAACGGCAAUGAGGAGCAGACAACCCUCGGUACAGGACUCAGGCCACGGGCAGAGCUCAGAGGAGGACCAAGCAUGUCCCAAUGGAGUCAAGUUCAACAACUGGAAAUAAAGUUUUUGGAGCAGGUUGACCAGUUCUACGAUGAUAACUUUCCCAUGGAAAUCCGGCAUCUGCUGGCACAAUGGAUAGAAAGCCAAGAUUGGGAGGCUGCAUCCAACAAUGAAGCAAUGGCAACCAUCCUUUUACAGAACCUGCUAAUCCAAGUGGAUGAACAGCUAGACAGGGUUUCACAAGAGAAGAACCUUCUCUUGAUACACAACCUGAAAAGAACCAGAAAGCUGCUUCAGGGGAAAUACCAUGGUAAUCCCAUGCAUAUAGCGGUGAUCAUCUCAAACUGCUUAAGAGAAGAAAGGAGAAUAUUGGCUGCAGCCAGCAUGCCCGUGCAGGGACCACUGGAAAAGUCUUUGCAGAACUCCGUGGUUUCAGAGAGACAAAGAAACGUGGAACACAAAGUGUCAGCCAUUAAGAACAGUGCCCAGAUGACUGACCAAGAUGUCAAAUACUUGGAAGACUUGCAAGAGGAAUUUGACUUCAGGUAUAAAACAAUACAAAGUUUAGAGCAGAGUGACAAAAAUAGCGCCCUCAUUAAACAGGAAAUGUUGGCGUUGCAGGCGAUGCUCAAUACGUUAGACUACAAGAGAAAGGAAGUACUGAGUAAAAUAGGCCGUGUCAUCCACGAAAUUGAUAUGCUGAUGAGCAACAUGCUGACUGAGGAGCUGCUGGACUGGAAGAGACGGCAGCAGAUUGCCUGCAUCGGGGGUCCCCUUCACGGGGGGCUCGAUCAGCUCCAGAACUGUUUUACGCUGUUGGCGGAGAGUCUUUUUCAAGUUAGAAGGCAAUUGGAAAAACUGGAUGAGCUGUUGACCAGACUGACAUACGAUGGGGAUCCCAUCCCAGUGCAAAGACCUCAGCUGAUGGAAAAAGUCAAUUUCCUGCUCUACAAUCUCUUCCGCAAUUCAUUUGUGGUCGAACGGCAGCCCUGUAUGCCAACACACCCCCAGAGGCCAAUGGUUCUUAAAACGUUGAUACAGUUCACUGUAAAAUUAAGGCUGCUAAUUAAAUUGCCAGAGCUGAACUACCAGAUCAGAGUGAAAGCAACUAUUGACAAGAAUGUUUCAACAGUAAGCAAUCGUAGAUUUGUUCUGUGCGGGACACACGUGAAAGCCAUGAACAUGGAUGAAUCAGCAAAUGGGAGCCUGUCAGUAGAAUUCCGACAUUUGCAGCCAAAAGAAAUGAAAUCAAGUGCUGGAAGCAAAGGAAAUGAGGGUCCUCAUAUGGUGACUGAAGAGCUGCACUCCAUCAGCUUUGAAACGCAGGUCUGCCUGUAUGGACUGACAAUCAAUUUGGAAACAAGCUCUUUGCCUGUGGUGAUGAUUUCCAAUGUCAGCCAGUUACCUAAUGCAUGGGCUUCUAUUAUUUGGUACAACCUGUCAACCAACGAUCCUCAGAAUUUAUCUUUCUUUAACAAUCCCCCUGCUGCCACUCUAAGUCAGCUCUUAGAAGUACUGAGCUGGCAGUUCUCAUCGUAUGUUGGCCGUGGACUCAAUUCUGAGCAACUCAACAUGCUGGCAGAGAAACUUAUGGGGCAACAGGUCAGCUAUAGUGACUACCAGCUCUCCUGGGCAAAGUUCUGCAAGGAACAUUUACCUGGAAAGUCUUUUACCUUUUGGGUUUGGCUUGAAGCUAUACUGGACUUAAUUAAAAAGCACAUUCUUCCUCUCUGGAUUGAUGGGUACGUAAUGGGAUUUGUAAGCAAAGAGAAGGAACGAAUUUUGCUCAAAGACAAGACACCAGGAACAUUUUUAUUAAGGUUUAGUGAAAGCAAUCUGGGUGGAAUUACCUUUACUUGGGUGGAUCAGUUAGAAAAUGGAGAAGUAACAUUCCAUUCGGUGGAACCCUACAACAAAGGCCGCUUAGCUGCACUGCCCUUUGCUGACAUACUGCGAGAUUACAAAGUUAUCAUGGCAGACAACGUUCCUGAAAACCCUCUGAAGUAUCUGUACCCAGACAUUCCCAAAGACAAGGCCUUUGGCAAACACUACAGCUGUCAGCCGAAUGAAGUCUCAAAACCCUCAGACGGAGGAGUCAAAGGUUAUGUUCCUUCUGUAUUUAUCCCAGUCUCCAAAAUCUUAAAUGAUUCUACAGACCCACAUUCUCCAUCAGAUCUUCUUCCAAUGUCUCCAAGUGUUUAUGCUGUGCUGAGAGAGCAUCUGAGUCCCACAGCCAUCGAAACUGCUCUGAGUUCUCCUUACUCAACUGACUGAAGUUCACAUACUGGAAAAAUAAGCAAUUACAUGGAUGCUGCAUAGGUUAGAAGCAUAAUAAAUAUCUUCUCUGCCAUCUCUGUAAAUCAUUAUUUCCUGGAAACUAUUAUCAUGCUAUUCUUGGGCCUCCUUCUGUUUUCCAUUCCCCAAAAAACAAGCAUUUUCUCCCUAGAGGUUACACGUAGCCACCCAGGACUACUGCCCACAUUGAUAAAAGCCCAAAUCCAUCUCCACUUGCAGGUCAUUUGAUUCCAGCGGGGUCCAGUAGGUAUGAAUUUCCAUCUGCGGAAUUACUGACCUUAGAAUUGUUGUAAAUACAACAGUAUAAGAACAGAUUUUUUUUUUUUUUUUGCUUUUGAUAACAGCAUGUAAGGACAACUCAAGACUUUAAGGUGCUCAAGGAAAUCAGUUUUUAUUACAUUAAAAAGUUUGCUUAAUCAUCUCUUAAUAUACCCUCAGUUCAGCUUCCAUUUUAAAGUGAAGACUCUCAUCCCUACAAGUUCAAUUACAUCCAGGGUUUAUUUUUUCCCCAAGAUGAACUACCUCAAGCACAGACUGUCACCACAGCAGAAGUUCUGAGAGAGAGGAAGGCAACGCUAGUGAAAGUUGGGAUACUAUCUGGUGAAUGCAGGCUGGGAAGAAGAGUUUCUAAAAACAAUUACUCAAAAGCGAUAGCAUUUGCUGACCAUGGAACAAUCAGCGAUACAUAACAAUGUUACAUGCCUAUUGGAGACUCAUUUCAUGAGCAGGAUAAUUGGUUUUACGCUGCCUUUGAAAAAUGUUUCAUUUUGCUUAUUUUGGCAUAGAUUAAUUCAUUUGUUUGUUUUUCCCAGUUUACCCCUCAACAUUCCAUUUGUUCUGUUAAUAGAACAAUAAAAUGGCAGUUCCGGGGCCAUUGUCUUUCACAUGUGCAGCCUCAUUCAGAUUUAACUCGUGCAAAAUAAAUGGCUAAUGCAUACCAAGUUCUUAGAACACACAAACACUCAGGAAGAGCUUGAGGUGCAGAUGCUGAAGUGCAAAUAAUACAGACAUUUAGGACGAAAACAACCCCCUUGCAUCAGUCAGACCUAGAUUUCAGUUUCAUUUCUCUUCUUCACCCCCCCCCCCCCCCACCCGUACCAUUGACGUUAGUGAGCAACAUCUCUGUUAGAAUGGAGAGAGAUUAUUUUUGGGUGUUGCUGAAAUAUCAGAUUAGGUAUUAAAUGACCAAACACAUCUCUGUAGUUGAUCAGUCUCAAAGCUAUCUGCAGAAUCAUAUUUCUUCUCGCAAAGCAUCAUGUAGAAAUUAUUUUCCUAAACAAUGACUAUUGUGUAUAUAUGUCUGAUAACAACUGUAAUUUAUAUGACCAGUAUGAAUAAAAACAGUUUUUGGCUUAA